UUAUUUGUUUAUUAGCUUUAGUAUUAGUUUUUUUCAGCAGGUCAUUAUUCAGUUACUUUAUUGUUCUGUCCUGUGAAGAGGUCAGAGCUUGUCCUGUGUAAGUGUUGUUUCCCCCUCAGCAGAGGUGACAGGUUUUUAAAAUAACUUCAUUAAAUAAUCAGUCUUUGUUUGGUUGUCUUGUUUACUUUAGGAGGUCAAACAGAGACAUCAGUGUUAAUAUUUCAUCCAUAUAACUUCAUUUCAAUCCGCCACCAAGUGAACUCUGACAUGCUGCAGGGUCACAAACCUGAUGCUCUUCUCCCAGCACCCCUGAUUUAAAUCACCUGGUGGGACAAAAAAAAAACCCAAAGCUCCCCUCAGACCUGUUCCUCUGCCUGAUACGGAGGCCCUGAAGGCUCAAAGAGUAAAACACUUUCAGAUAAUAACUGAAGAUUAUUAUAUUUUCUUCUUCUGCACUCGAAAUAAAAACAUCUUAUGAAACUGAAACAGAGUGAGACCUCUUCACACAGCCAGAGCCUCUCAGUAGGCUGACGUCACUGUCGGGAAAUCUCAGUGAGAGUUAAAUCUCCUUCCUCAUGUCAUCCCUCCUCCUUCACGAGGCUCUGUGGACGUGUUUUCACUCCACGCAGACAUGAUCUCACCUAUCAAUCACACUGAUGACGUCAGAGUGUUAAAAUCAGCUGUUUAAAAACAACAGUAAUAAUCUUCAGAUCUGAUGAGAUGUUCAGGGACACACUGUGAGGCAGAGACACAGCUCUCUGCAGCUCAGUCAGAGAAGAAGAAGAAGAAGAAGGACAGGAAGAGACUCCUCCCGAUCAGCAGGGGGCGCUGACUCGCUGCAGCCGAGGACAACCACCACCACAGAAGAAGAAGAAGAAGAAACCCGGAAGUGUGAUGUCUGCAGUAAACGAGGAGGCAGCGCUGAUCAGCUGAUGAUGGACGGUCAGUCAGGUGACAUCACAGUGACCUCAUCAAACAGGAAGUCCUCCGCUGUCACAGGAAGUGCGAGAAAGAUCAAAGACAAUGCGGCAGACUGGCACAACCUGAUGAUGAGGUGGGACAAACUCAACGACGAAGGAUUCAACUCGGCGACGAACAUCGUCAACAUCAGACUGACCCGCUCUACGAGUGAUCAGAGGCUGCUGGCGGACGAGUCUUCGUCCUCUUCCUCGGCGCCCUCCGGGCAGACAGGGGGCGCUGCAGAGCUUCAGUAUGAAUGCAGCAGACUGCAGGACGUCGUGGAGAAGAUGGUUACCAUGGUGACAAAGAUGGAGCGCCUGAUGACAACACAGCAGGGAAUCCAGGAGCUGGAGGCGUUUCAGUUCGGACCAGACGGACGAACGGUUCCUCUGUUUCACACCUGGAGCACCAAACACUUCGAGGACUCGUCCCGGGUCCUGUUGGAAGCUUACCGUCAGGAGCUGAGGUUGAAGCAGAUGGUCCUGCAGGAAGUGGCUCACACUGCGACCUCUGACCUCUGCAUGGUCUACCUGUCCUGCUGGCUGCACCAGCCUUUCAUCCCCACUCAGACCAGACUGACCCUGGAGGCUCUGCUGCUGGAGACGGGGCACCGCCCACUCUGAUGUCAUCAGACCUAAAGGGUCAUGUGAUCAGCACCGGGCGCUUGCCCAGAGACUGAUGCACAUCUGGUUUAUCGAACCGGUGCACAAACAGAACCUUCAUCCCGGUCCAGGUGAACUCAGAGGACCAGCUGGACUGAACCUGACCCGAGUCUCUGAGGCCGGAGCGUUCAUGAUUGUUAGGAUCUGAUUUAAAUAAAGACUGUUUGAAUCGAG